CCAGCUGCGAUCGGUGCCACACCAACUACGACACUCUCUCAUGCACGCACGGUCCCGUGCUCCGCGCCGCGUGUACAUUGUCUGUACCCCAUGAUUCGAUCACCGCUAGCUGGCGGCGAGGAGUCAAUCACGCUUGCAAGGAGAUGGUUUCUGUACGGAUGCGCAGGUCUGCCCCUCCUUUGGAUCGUCAGCUGCUUCUUCUUCAGAGAUAAACUGCGAGAUAUUCCGACAGAGGCAAGAAAAUGGGUGUUGCUGUCGUUCGCGGCCGGUGGAGUGUCAACAACAUUGUGCGUAGCAUGGGUUGUUACUUCCCUGUCGUCGUGGAAAUCAUGGGGGACGGCUGUUAUGGUAUCUGUACCUGACUCAGACCUGACGGGCUGGUGAUGUCGUCGUUGUCAUAGCGGUAUACUUCCGGGUACUGGAAUUGCGCGAGCAAACGCUCACGUGUGCGAACGAUUUUACGUCGUUUCAACUGUUUUUUACGGCACACGCUGUUGCGAUGACUCCGACAUGUGAGAUACAGAGUAAGUAAAUACCGACGGCGACACUUGAUGUAUGUAAUGCGCGCCCUGGAGCGUGUCUCCGACAUCUUCGAUACUGAACGAAACCACAGCGCAGAAGAUGUCAACCUAUCAAGCAUGGGGGAGUAGGUAUCAGAUCAGUAGUGGGGGAUCAGGAAGAAGAGAAGGUAGCAGAAGGUCCGUUUCUUCAAUGACACAGGAAAGGUAGAAGGCGAGUUGGAUUGCAGCAGUGUGCAAGAAGAGUCGGAUACGAUGUUGCUCGUUGAACAUGAUCUGUUUGCCUUCCAGCUUCCGUGUCUCGUGGCUGGAGCGUAGGUUAGGUAGGUACCAGUUUGUGCCUGGUUGAGUGGUCCCUGUUUUUUCCCGAUUGCAAUGAUGAACUUCCUCGUUUCCACGGGCCACACUGCAUGCACAUUCAGCAGUGGAGCCCCGAUUGACACCGCGAGAGGUCCAUUACUUCACUUGCGAUAGAACCCAACCCCACGCCGGAUAGUGGGAUUUAGUUGUGGUUAUCGUAUACAAAACUGUGCGUGUGCGGCGAUAACUCCGACCCUCUGUGCGAAAACCCAAAUAAAUCAUGUCAAUCUUGCUUCUUUUCACCCCCCUGUGCUAUCGCUCGCACGACUGAUGAUGCGGUACUCUCUCCAAACCCUCUUGACCGCGACGCUACUGUACUGCGACGAAGGCUUGCGUAGUAAGAGACCUGCCUGGGCUGUUCGGAGCUUUCUGCACACAACUGCAUGAUAAUAUGAAGUUGAUCCACACUCGCUUUUCGUCGUCGUGUCGUACGAGAGAAACCACAUUUAGGAGUGGCACGCAGUCUUUUGACUGGUAAAAAGAUGCUCUGGUCGGGGAGCCCG